UCUUAUUAUCCAGGACUCUUUCAAGUAUUUGUCAAAAUUUCCACAGUUCCCCAAAAACUUCAUAUAUAUCUAUAUAUAUUUAUAUUUCUAAUGGCUGGCAAUGCGGAGGAGGCGGCCGACUUUGAGACGGCGAUUGCCGAGUGCGGCUUCGGUAUGUUUAACGUCUUCAUCCUGUGCAGCGCAAUGCCCUGCCUCACGGCCAUGGUCUUCUCCGCAUCCGCUCUGUCCUAUGUGAUGCCCUCGGCGGAGUGCGAUCUGGAACUCAGUCUCCUGGACAAGGGAUUGCUCAAUGCGGCCACAUAUGCCGGAAUGAUCAUCUCGGCAGUACCCUGGGGUUUCAUUGCCGACACUUUUGGACGCCGUCCGGUUCUCAUUUCCGGCGGCUGGCUUGACGGCUUCUUUGUUCUGUGCGCCUCCUUGAGUCAGGAUACGGCCCAACUGAUGGCCUUUAAGUUCUUUGACGGUUUCGUCAUCUGCGGCCCCUUUGCGGUGGUGGUCAGCUAUUUGGCCGAGUUCCAUGGGAAGAAGCACCGACCGUAUAUCAUGCUGUUUGUGGGCCUCUGCGUUUCCGCCGGAUCGAUGAUUAUGCCCCUUAUGGCGUACGUUUUGCUGCCGGUGAACAUCUUCUUUAAGGUGGGCACUUUGGAGUUCCGAACGUGGCAAAUUUUUAUGGCAGCCAGCGCAAUUCCCACUUUGAUGAGCGGCCUGAUGCACAUGUUCCUGCCCGAGAGCCCCAAAUUCCUUAUGUCCCAGGGUAACUACACAAAGGCCAUGGAGUCUCUGCAGCGCAUAUAUAAGAUGAACAAGCGCAAGAGCAAGGAUAGCUAUCCGGUAAAGCGCCUUACCGAUACCACGCCAGAUCGAUCCGCUGAGCUUGAUGGCACUGACAGGCGGUUCACGCGAAAGGAGAAGUUCAAUCGGGCGAAAAAGCAGUUUAGCGAAGGUUUCAAGCAGCUGAAACCCAUGUGCGCUCAACCCUAUUUGGGCCUCUCCCUGAAGGUUUAUUUUCUGCACUUUUGCCAGAUCAUGUGUGUGAAUUCGGUGCGCUUGUGGAUGCCGCAAAUCUUUGCCACGAUGAACGCACUGGAAAAGCAGGGCGCCAACGAUACGAGCGUGUGCGCCGUGCUGGAUCACAAUGCUGAGGCCUUGCCCCGGAACUCGGACGCAAGGAAAGCGGAGUGCAAUCUACACCACAAUGCGGACAGCUAUCUGGGUAACAUAAUAGUGUCGGCCAUUGGCCUGGCCGGCUACCUGGUAAUUUUUCCACUGAUGCGAAUCAGUUUUGUGGCGAAUCACAUAGUGAAGGUGUUUCUCUUUGUUUGCAUCUUCCUGGUGGGUGGCCUGUACUUUGUGAAGACUUCACUGGUAACGGUGAUGGUCUCAGCCACUUACUUGACUCUUAUGGGCAUUUGUGCCACGACUGUUAUAGGGAUGUCUGUGGUGAUAUUUCCCACUCUGAUGAGAACUAUGGUGCUGCUGUUGAUUAUGACUUUCGGCAGGCUGGGCUCUGUGAGUGGCAAUAUCCUUCUGCCUCUGUUUAUGCAACUCAGCUGCCUGGCUCCAUUUCUGUAUUUAAUUGCUUUGAUGACCAUUGCCUUUCUGUGCUCGCUGUUCCUGAAGUUUGACGAUCAGCAGGCCCUGAAUUAGAGCUAGAGAGAGUACCACAGAAGUUAAGCUGGCCGCAAAUAUAAAUGAAUUAUUAAUCAAGGCAAUCAACUGUGUGCCAUGCGGUUAAUUCAACUUAAUUACAUUUUAAUCCCGCA